AUGGACGCUGUACAUGCUAAAAGUGCGAAAGAACUACUCGAACACUUUAAGGUCGACCCUGAGACUGGGCUAACAAAAGAUCAAGUAGAAGAGGGUUACAAAAUCCACGGUCGAAAUGAACUUCCCCCUGACGAGCCGACACCGCUAUGGAAACUGGUGUUGGAACAGUUUACAGAUCAAUUGGUUAUCAUACUACUCGCAUCCGCGGCCGUCUCCUUUGUUCUUGCGUUAUUGGAGGAAGAUGACGAAAAGGGCACAGCAUUCGUUGAACCAGUAGUCAUAUUGUUGAUCUUGAUAGCGAACGCUGUAGUUGGGGUUGUUCAGGAGACUAACGCUGAAAAGGCAAUAGAAGCAUUGAAGGAGUACGCUCCAGACGAAACAAAAGUGUGGCGUGGUGGCUAUUUAGUAAAAAUAAAAGCAUCCGAGCUUGUCCCAGGAGAUAUAAUUGAAGUAGCAGUUGGAGAUAAAAUUCCUGCUGAUGCUAGACUGUUGAAGAUCCAUUCUUCUACAUUUAGAGUUGACCAGGCGCUUCUUACUGGCGAAAGUGUUAGCGUGAAUAAAGACACUACGGCAGUGGAUGACUUGCGAGCUGUUUUGCAAGAUCAGACCAAUAUUAUAUUUUCGGGUACAGCAGUCGUUUCGGGAAAAGCUCGCGCUAUAGUAGUACGAACUGGUACCAACACUGCUAUUGGUGACAUACAUAAAAGUAUUUCUGAUCAAGAUUCCGAAAAGACGCCGUUAAAGAAACAGCUCGACGAUUUUGGAGAAAUGCUUGCGAAGGUCAUUUCCGUAAUCUGCAUUCUAGUCUGGAUCAUUAAUAUAAACCAUUUCAAUGAUCCCAGUCAUCAUGGAUGGCUCAAAGGCGCGAUUUAUUACUUUAAGAUAGCCGUGGCGCUUGCCGUGGCUGCUAUUCCAGAAGGGCUUGCUGUAGUAAUUACGACCUGCCUAGCAUUGGGAACUAAGAAAAUGGCCAAGAAACAUGCUAUAGUGCGAUCAUUACCUUCUGUAGAGACAUUGGGAUGCACAAGUGUUAUCUGUUCGGAUAAAACAGGCACAUUGACAACCAAUCAGAUGAGCGUGUCAAGGGUGGUCGUUGUUGAAAAUGACAGGGCCGAACUGGAAGAGUUUUACGUAAAUGGCACAAGUUACGCGCCUGUUGGGGACAUAACAACUCCGGAUGGUAAAAUACUAAGUUCACUGCCGGCUAAAAAACCAACAAUAAACGAACUGGCUCAAAUAUGUGCAUUAUGCAAUGAUUCUCGUAUCUUAUGCGAAGAGGGAUCAUUGGUACAUCACAAUAUCGGGGAACCGACUGAAGCUGCGCUAAAAGUACUUGUAGAAAAAUUUGGCACCGAUGACACGUUAUUUAAUGCAUCGCUUAUGACUUGUUCGCCAAAAGAACGCGCGACUGCAUGCAGCGACUAUUAUGAGAAAAAAUCGAACCGGAUUGUAACACUCGAAUUCACAAGGGAUCGGAAAUCCAUGUCAGUUCUUGUUAGUCAACCAUCAGUAUCAGACACUAGUGCAAAACUUCUCGUCAAAGGUGCACCAGAGUCUAUUCUUGACAGGUGUACUCACGUUAUGACUUCCUCUUCAGUUGUCCCGGUUCCUAUGACAUCCCAACUUCGCUCCCAACUAGACAAAAAAUUAUACGAAUACGGUCGACAAGGAUUACGUGUAUUAGGAAUGGCCGUGAGAUACAAUCUAAACCCGUCGGAUUUCAGCGUUUUGCCGAAUUUGAUUACCUAUGAGCAGAACAUGACUUUUGUUGGUCUUGUUGGCAUGUUGGACCCACCUCGCCCCGAAGUUAUUGAUGCCAUUAAGAAAUGCGAGACUGCCGGUAUUCGAGUUAUUGUGAUUACCGGAGACAAUAAGGAGACUGCCGAGUCUAUAUGUAGAAAGAUUGGAAUAUUUGGUGACGACGAAAAUUUAAGUGGAAAAUCGUAUACCGGUCGAGAGUUUGACGAAUUAUCAACAGAGCAGAAAAUCGAAGCUGUAAGAAGAGCUAGUUUAUUCUCGAGAACCGAACCAGCACAUAAGAGUCAGCUUGUAGAUUUACUAAAAAGUCAAGGAGAAGUUGUUGCAAUGACAGGUGACGGCGUAAACGAUGCACCAGCUCUGAAGAAAGCGGACAUUGGCAUAGCAAUGGGCUCCGGUACGGAUGUAGCUAAAUUGGCAGCAGAUAUGGUUCUUGCUGAUGAUAAUUUUGCUACAAUUGAGCAAGCUGUAGAAGAAGGUCGUUCAAUUUACAAUAACACCAAGCAAUUCAUAAGAUAUCUAAUUAGUUCAAACAUUGGAGAAGUCGUUAGUAUCUUUUUGACCGUGAUCCUUGGCAUGCCUGAAGCUUUGAUUCCUGUACAAUUACUUUGGGUGAAUCUGGUAACGGACGGCCUUCCUGCUACUGCUCUCGGGUUUAAUCCACCAGACCACGAUAUCAUGCGUCUUCCUCCCCGUAAGGGUAAAGAACCAUUAGUUGGCGAGUGGUUGUUUUUGCGAUAUUUAAUAGUUGGAAUGUAUGUUGGCAUGGCAACUGUUUUUGGAUACGCUUGGUGGUUCAUGUACUAUUCUGGUGGACCACAAAUCAGUUAUUACCAACUGACUCACUUUCACAAGUGUGAAAGCCUAUUUCCCGAGAUCGGUUGCCAGAUGUUUGUUAACGAGAUGGCCCACCGAGCUACUACAAUGUCGCUGUCGAUUCUGGUGACAAUAGAGAUGUUCAAUGCGAUGAAUUCGUUAAGUGAAAAUGAGAGCUUGCUGACACUGCCACUUUGGAAUAAUAUGUACCUUGUACUGUCAAUUAUACUCUCAAUGGUGUUGCACUUUGUGAUUUUAUAUGUGCCUCUGUUCACGACAUUGUUUGACAUUAUGCCACUCAAUCUUGCAGAGUGGGAAGCGGUGUUGAUUAUUUCAUUGCCUGUAAUUUUUAUUGAUGAGGUGCUCAAGUACAUAACUAGAACCUGCAUUAAUCCACCAGCAAAAAUCAAGAAAGAAUAG